UCUUCAUCCAUCUUCAAAACCAAACCCAUCUCUACUUCUUUUCUCUUAAUUACUCUCUGUUUCUACUCUGUCUUUCUUCAAACCUCAACAAUGGCCUUUGAAUCAAACCAAACUAAUGAAUUCAUUUUCCGUUCAAAGCUUCCCGAUAUUCACAUUCCCAAUCAUCUCCCACUUCACGAUUAUGUUUUCCAAAAUCUCUCAAAAUUUGCCUCACGCCCAUGUUUGAUCAACGGCGCCACCGGGGAUGUUUACACCUACCAUGACGUUCAGCUAACAGCCCGUCGAGUCGCCGCUGGCCUACACAACCUCGGUAUUAAGAAGGGUGAUGUUGUCAUGAAUUUACUUCCCAAUUCCCCGGAGUUCGUCUUCACUUUCCUUGGCGCGUCUUACCGGGGCGCCAUCAUGACGGCAGCCAACCCUUUUUACACUGCGGUGGAAAUAGCCAAACAGGCCAAAGCCGCCAAUGCGAAAUUAAUCGUGACUAUGGCUUGCUUCUACGAUCGGGUUAAGGAUUUGGGUGAAAAUGGUGUCAAAAUCGUAUGUGUUGAUUUUUCUGCUGAGGGUUGUUUGCAUUUCUCUGUUUUGAGUGGGGCUGACGAAUCUCUCAUGUCGCGGGUGGAUUUUUCUUCCGAUGAUGUGGUGGCGCUACCGUACUCCUCUGGGACUACCGGUUUGCCAAAGGGAGUUAUGUUGACUCAUAAAGGGUUAAUCACAAGUGUGGCUCAACAAGUCGACGGCCAAAAUCCGAACCUAUAUUAUCGUGGCGAUGAUGUAAUCCUCUGUGUACUGCCGCUUUUCCAUAUCUAUUCACUCAAUUCGAUUUUGCUGUGUGGGCUACGCGCCGGUGCUGCCAUUAUGAUUAUGCAAAAGUUCGACAUCGUUUCACUUUUUCAAUUAAUUGGGAAAUACAAAAUCUCGAUCGUGCCCAUCGUGCCGCCAAUCUUCUUGGCCAUUGCUAAGUCAGCUGAGUUUGAAAAAUACGACGUGUCGUCCGUAAGGGUUCUAAAAUCCGGCGGAGCACCACUGGGGAAGGAGUUGGUAGAGGCCGUGAAGGCAAAAUUUCCAGCGGCGAUUCUCGCACAAGGAUACGGAAUGACUGAGGCUGGUCCGGUUCUAACUAUGAGUUUGGCUUUUGCAAAAGAACCGUUUCAAGUGAAAUUCGAAGCAUGCGGAACUGUGGUCAGAAAUGCAGAGAUGAAGAUAGUCGACCCGGAAACCGGCGUCUCCUUACCUGAAAAUUCCGCAGGUGAGAUUUGUAUUAGAGGUGAUCAAAUCAUGAAGGGAUAUUUGAAUGAUUUGGAGUCAACCAAGAGGACUAUUGAUAAAGAAGGAUGGCUUCACACGGGCGACAUCGGCUUCAUCGAUGACAACAAUGAGCUCUUCAUUAUAGACCGGCUUAAGGAGCUUAUCAAGUUCAAAACAUUUCAAGUGGCACCCGCCGAACUGGAAGCACUUCUUAUCACUCACCCAAAACUACGUGACGCUGCUGUUAUUGGUAUGCCAGACGUGGAGGCAGGAGAAGUACCGGUGGCGUUUGUGGUGGAGGAGAAGAGUGGUGCAAGUGCAACAACAACAGAAGAAGAAGUAAAAGAAUUCAUAGCAAAGCAAGUGAUUUUCUACAAAAGGCUAAAGCGUGUGUUUUUUGUCAACGCUAUUCCAAAGGCACCAUCUGGCAAAAUCCUCAGGAAAGAAAUAAGGGCAAAUUUGGCAUCCGGCGCUUACAAUUAAUUAAACCCUAAUCUUAGUUAUUCAUUUAUUUAUUAGCCUUCUGUUUGGUUUGUUAAUUAAUGCAAAUCAUGUAUUAGGAUUGUGAAACACAAUUCUUACCUGUAAUUUUAUAUUUUAUUUUACAAUAAUAAACCCUAAUUUAUUUGUAGACUUUCUAA